AGGUGAUAUACAAAUUGUGUGGAUCUGUAGGUUUCUCAUUGUGGUGACAACUUUAUCCAUCAUAUUUUAGGUGGUCAUUUGUUGUGUGGUCUCUAUGUUUCUAAAUUUGUUGCGGUGUUAUUGCUUCACAAUUUUUUUUUGGCUUUUUACUUUACGUCCUAUCUUAGCUUGAAACUUCUGCUGUUUUUAGUCUUGAAAUAGCAAGUAGGCUCCAGUUGUGUUUGGUGUUCCUCGUUUGUAUCUGGGGACUUCCCUGUCCGUCUGUGGAUUGGUAGUUUUAAAGGUUUUACUGCUGUAUGCUUCCCCCUUAAGGCCGUCAGUUACCUUCGUGGAGAGAGUGAUCUUAACUUAGGCCGUCUCCCCCUUUUUUUUUUGGCUCUCUUUUUUGUGGGUUCCUUCACGCGUAGGGAAAUCAGAGUCUUCACAGUUUGCCACUGCAAUGUCCUUCGUUUUUGAAGGCACAAAGACAUUUUAUGUAGAUUGAUCUCCUUCACACAAUGCAUGAGUAGCUUUCAUUUUGCCACAGUAAACAAAAACAUGUGAUGGAUAUCGGCAACCAGGAAUCCAUGGCAGCGCCACUCAUUCAUUCAAAUUGCUGUCUUAAAAUCACCUUACAGUUAUACAGUAUUAACACCUAAUUGAGCCAUUGCAUGAAACAGAGCAGCCGAAGUUGCAAUGAUUUCAGUGAAGGGCACUGGCUUGUGUUCAACUGGAGUGUUGCAGGCAACUUCCAACAAGAGAUCCACAAACAUUGCUAUUGAAUUUUACUUUUAGGAAGCCGGGUUGUGGGGCAUGUAAUUGUCUUUAAAUAUAUUUAUAUUGUUGUGCAAUAAAAUAGUAAUUUCCAAAACAUAUACCAUCAGCAAAACAUUAGAUUUUAUUAAAUAAAUAGUAUUUUUUUAAAAGUAAUGCCAUUAUUUUUUGUAAUUUUCAAGCUGUACAUAAAACUACCUCCUUCUAGUACAUCAUUUUCAGGCUAUGAUGCUGCCAAAGUAGUGGAAUACAAAAUCAAAGAGACUAACCUGUUUACUGGGGACAAGUAUCAACAGAUUGGAUUCUUCCCUCAAGAGAAGGCAUUUCUUAGGUAUCAGACUGCUGGGAUGCUGCAAACCGUCCUUAGAGCCGUUGUGCUUGGAGAAAAUGACAUUGAAGAACAAUCUCCUAGAAACUUGAAGAUUCCUUCUCGUUGGCCUUCUGUAAUCUGCUGUGCAAGCUGUCUUUACUCGCUGCAAAAGGAUAUGCGACCAACAGCAUUCCUUAUAAUGGACCCAAAUGGGGUUCUUGAAAUGCUCGGGUACUAUCAAUUUGAGACUUCCCAAGAUGAGGAGGGUGGCCAUCAGAUCUUCGAGAAGGAUGCUGGGACAUCCAGCUCUCAUCCAUCAACUGUUAGAGAGAAGCAAGAGGAGGUAGAUGAUGAUGAGGAUUGGAUUUGA